AUGGAGUCAGAAAUCAACAAAAUCACAAAAAUACCACCAAAAAACUUCUCCAUAGAAUCCAUUGUGGGGAUAAACAACCGAAGAUCACCAGAUAUAGACAUUGAAAAUAAUAUAACUGACUUCAAUUCUGAGGACGAGGAUAUGAAAAGUCGGGAAUCGAAAAUGUAUUAUUUCCAACAGAAUCGUAUGAAUAAUUUCCCGUUUUUCAUGUCGUAUGAUAAAAGAAUUAAUGCCGGCUAUACCGAAAGCCAUGAAAAUGAUUUGAAGAGAUCAAGCCCGGGCAGCGUGAGAAGCGAAGUUGAUAGUGACGGGGCUGACGAUAGACAGCAUGAAUCUCUAAGUCCACAAUCUGAACCCAUUAAUACGUCGAGCUCGGCGCCCGAUCCGAAUAUAAGGCGAUACAGAACAGCUUUCACGCGGGAACAACUUGCUAGACUUGAAAAGGAAUUCAUGAAAGAGAACUACGUGUCGAGGCCGAGACGAUGCGAGCUAGCAGCACAGUUACAGCUACCUGAAUCAACUAUUAAGGUAUGGUUUCAAAAUAGGCGGAUGAAGGAUAAAAGGCAGAGAAUCGCUGUAGCUUGGCCGUAUGCUGCUGUGUAUAGUGACCCAGCGUUCGCGGCAUCAAUUCUUCAGGCCGCGGCGUCAUCUGUUGGUCUUCCUUAUGGUUACCCUUCGCCCGGGCUCUUACCCCCAUUCCAUAACCCACAAUUGUUACCCUCCGGCUACCCAUACCCAUACCCACCAUAUCCCAGAUACCCAUACAUCCCACCAAAUCAAUCCUCCCCUGUCAACGCGGAAUCCAACCUGCGACCGUCAUACCAAAACUUCAACAUAAACGUCGACAAAUGA